UAUUGUGCUGUGGAUUUAAUAUAUAUAUUAAGGAGGCGCGUGAAGCGUCAAACUCCCUGAUGAGGGACCAGUCAUUGAUCCAAGAACCGGGGAUCCACUGACGAUGUUCCAGGCCAUAACCUACCCAGUCCACCAAGAACUGGCGACCCCAACCACGGGGUCUGGCAUCCAGGAGGCGAUGAACCCGGUAAUCCAGGCUCCCGUCGGCAAGAUGGACAGGUGGAGGAGGAUCGGAGGCAGAGACAGGACACAACGUACUGGAUGAUACUGGUUUGAUGAGUGAGACAUGGAAGACAGGGGGGAUCUUGAGUGAGGGGGGCAAAGAGAGAUGGACUGACCAGGGACUGAUGACCUUACUGAUGGUGUAGGGGCCUAUGAACUGGGGGGAGAGUUUCUUGCUGGUGUCUUUAAGUUUGAUAUCCUUGGUGGAAAGCCAUACCUGUUGCCCACAAGCAUAAGGUGGAGCUGGACGACGGUAACGGUCCACCAGCUGUCGAUUACGCUCGGCCGUUCGGUGCAGAGCCGCACGAGUCUGGUUCCAUGUCCUCUUGGCCCUACGAAUGAACUGUGGCACGGUGGUGGUGGUAGGAAGAUCAGACGGGAAGAGUGGAGGUUGAUAGCCUAAAGAUUAUUCAAACGGGGAUUGACCAGUAGCGGAUGAAAUAUGGGUGUUGUGACCGUACUCAAUCCAGGGAAGUUGGGUGCUCCAGCUAGUUGGGUUAGAGGAGCACACGCAAUGAAGCAUGGCCUCCAACUCCUGGUUGAGUCCCUCACAUUGGCUGUUGGUUUGGGGGUGAUAGCCGGAGCUCAGGGAGACGUUGGCUCCUAGAGAUGCAGCAAAUUCCCUCCAAACCUUGGAGAGGAAUUGGGGACCAUGGUCUGACAGGAUUUCAUCCAGAAUGCCAUGCAGUUGAAAAACUUGUUUUAUUAGUAGGUCAGCAGUCAUGGCGGAGGAAAGAAGGGACUUUAAGGGGACAAAAUGGCAGGCUUUAAAGAAUCUGUCGAUGAUAGAUAGUAUAACUGUAAACCCCUUUGAGGGAGGUAGACUGGUAACAAAAUCUAUUGCAAUGUGGGACCAUGGGUGAGAGGGAAUGGGCAGAGUUCUAAGUAAUCCAGAGGGAUGUUGAUUAGUUCCUUUAUUGCGAGCACAAACCUGACAGGCACUGAUGUAUUCCUUGAUGUCUUUAAACAUGGAGGGCCACCAGAAGGACCUACAGACGAGAGCGAGGGUACGACCAACUCCUUGGUGUAUCGAGAACUUUGCCAUAUGUGCCCAGUGAAUGACUGACCCUCGGACCUGUUGAGGUAUGUAUAGCUUUCGGGGAGGACCGUUUCCUGGGUCAGGGUCAGCUUGUUGUGCCUCUAGUACUUUCUGUGAGAUGUCCCAAGUGAUGGAUCCAAGAACACAGGACGGAGGGAGGAUGGUAGCAGAUUCUUGGUCUUUGUCUGUGGAAUACUGUCGGGACAGGGCGUCGGGUUUCACGUUCUUGGUUCCGGGUCUGAAAGAGAUGGUGAAGUUGAAACGAGUAAAAAACAGGGACCAACGGGCUUGUCUGGGGUUGAGUCUUUUGGCUUCCUUCAGGUAGAUGAGAUUUUUGUGAUCAGUCCAAAUUAUGAUGGGGUGCUCAGCUCCCUCCAACCAAUGGCGCCAUUCUUCCAAUGCAAGUUUCACUGCUAGCAACUCCCGGUCACCCACAUCAUAAUUCUGUUCAGCAGGCGAGAGUUUCCUGGAGAAAAAGGCACAGGGGUGAAGCAGGUUAUCAGAGGGAGAUCUCUGGGAGAGAACAGCACCCACCCCGGAAUCUGAGGCGUCCACUUCAACGGUAAAUUGAAGAGUGGGAUUGGGACGGGACAGGAUCAGAGCUUGAGAGAAACGAGACUUUAAAUCUAAAAAUGCAGUGUCUGCCUCAGGGGUCCAUACAAAAGUUCUCUUAGUGGAUGUUAAACGUGUGAGAGGUGAUGCUACUUGGUUGUAAUUGCGGAUGAAUCGUCCAUAGAAGUUAGCAAAAUCUAAGAACCGUUGCAACCGUUUACGUGUAGUGGGAAUGGGCCAAUCACGAACUGCUUUUAUCUUCUUGGGAUCUAUCUUCAACCGCCCACUCUCCAAGACGAAUCCAAGGAACUUCACAGAUGAAGCAUGGAAUUCACAUUUCUCAGCUUUCACAAAGAGGCGGUUUUUCAAAAGAUGCUGCAGGACUGCACGGACGUGAUGGUGGUGUUCUGAGAUGGUGCUGGAGAAUAUCAAAAUAUCGUCGAGGUAGACGAUAACAAACUUAUCAAUUUAAUCGUGGAGAACAGAGUUGACUAGUGACUGAAAAACAGUUGGUGAGGCCAAAGGGCAUAACUAGAUAUUCAUAGUGGCCCAGGGGGUCUUGAAAGCCAUUUUCCACUCGUCACCCUCUCGGAUACGGACCAGGUGGUAGGCAUUACGGAGAUCCAAUUUGGUGAAAAUGGUGGCUUUCUGAACAGGAUCAAAAGUGGAUGAUAACAGAGGCAGAGGAUUGCUUGUUUUUUAUAGUGAUUUGGUUAAGUCGUCUGUAAUCAAUACAGGGGCGCAGGGAACCAUCUUUCUUGGAAACAAAAAAAAAUCUGUCUCCCAGAGGAGAUGUAGAUGGGCAAAUUACAACAGCAGCUAAUGUUUCAGAUAUAUAGGUGGCCAUGCUUUCUCGUUCAGGCUUAGACAGGCUAUACAACCUGCUGGAGGGUAGUGUUGCUCCCUGUAGGAGGUCAAUACAGCAGUCGUAAGGGCGAUGGGGUGGCAAGAGGCGGCUCGGUCUUUACAAAACACAGCUUGAAGAUCGUGGUAUUCUGAUGGAACCAGAGACAGAUCAGGAGGAGUCGGUGUACUAGAAACUGGAAACGGGGCAGAGAGGUUAGCAGACAGGAGGCAGUGAGACAAACAAUACGGGCUCCAGGAUGAAAUCUGACUUGUCUUCCAAUCAAUGCGAGGAUUAUGGGUGACUAACCAGUCAUGUCCCAAAACAACCGGAGAUUGGGGGUUAGGGUUAGGGUUAGGGAGCACAAAUUCACAAACUUGAAGAGGAAAUGUGCAGGCUGAUCAGGAGGAUCCUGGGCUAUCUCAUACCAGCCAGGGCUAUCGUAGGUAUACCUCUCAGGGAGGUGGAGUAUGGACAAGGACAUCAGUUGGCUGAUGAGGAGCUCUAUAUUGGAGCAGACACAAAGGCCUUCAUGAAAAGCGUAGAGCUUCCCAUGUCCACUGAGAAGAAAAUCUUUCAAUCUGUGAGAAGAUUCUAUGAAGCAGCGCUUCAGAAGAUGUUCUCCUCCUUUCCCCUUGACCAUCCACUCCUGAGGGACUUGAAAGAGCUGGACCCUGCUGCUCGCCUCGACAUCCCUCCAGGGACAGUGGAAAGGCUAUGGGCCAUGCUCCCUCAGUUGAGCUUGAGUGAAGAUAGGCUGAGAGACGAACUCAUUGACUACCAGGUGACAGAUAGCAAGCACCUCCCCCAAGAAGACAACAUUGACAGAUUCUGGGGCCUGCUAGGGAAGGAUGUGAGGUUGUGUGAGCUGCCAAGAUUAAUGAAGGCUUUACUCUGCAUUCCCCACAGCAAUGCCAGUUCUGAAAGGGUGUUUGGUAUGGUGAGAAAGAUUGUUACAGAGAAUAGGAUGUCAUUAGACAACAGCACCGUUUGUGCUUUACUGUCAUGUAAAAUCGACCACUCUGGCCUGGCCAGCAAAUACACUCCUUCCAAAAAAGUGUUAAAGAAUGCAAAAUCUGCAACAAAUUUGUGUAAUAAGUCAUUAGUGAAUGUCAGAGAGCCACGUGAGUGA